UCUGGAGAUACCUACAGAAAUUAAAAUUUUAGGGUUAUUGUUUUCUUAGUCAUUGAACGUUACUCUCCAAAAGAGAAACUCUCUUGUCUUUUAAUUUUGGAUAAUUUACUGAAAUUUAUUAUUUUGUUGCCGUUUCAAUUCAUUACAAUGGGAAAGAAGAGAAGUUCACCUCUCGAUAAUCUUGACCUUCCUUAUUCGGAGGACAAGCCGUGCUCGUCGGGGACACCAUUAUUACCCAAGGAGCAUUUGAUGAAUUUGGAUGCUGGCAUUGAUGUUGGAGAUAGUUCUGUGAGGCUACUUAAUUCCAACCCUUCUGUUGCUCAUCACCGUUACUAUCUUGGGCGUUCGAUAUUUUUAAAAAGAUCACGCCAUUACUAUGGUCAUCACUACUUGCGCAGAAAUUCAAGCAGUCUUUCAAAUCCAUCAACUUCACGUGGCUCUGUUAGUCCUUUACAUGAUGAGAGAUUAUCUUUCAAGUUUGCUCAAUACAAACCCGAGUCUGUACACUGUGCAGAUGGGAGGGAAAAAGCAUUUGGCUUUGGCAGGCCAGAAAGAAUUAGGUCUAGUACAUUGGUGAUGGAUUCCGUAUCACCGGAAAAGGUGAAGGCAGUUUGCGGUGUAUGUCAAAAGCAUUUAAUACGGAAACCUUAUUUUCUGGGAAAUAUGCCAGCUUCCGGAGAAUUUUCUGCCGUGGCAGUUCUUGUUUGUGGCCAUGUAUACCAUCCAGAUUGUUUGGAAGGAAGAACAAACUUCGAGGACAGGCAUGACCCGCAGUGUCCGUUAUGUUCAGCUUAAGUUUACAGAUUAGGAUCUUUAAACCAUGCGCAAUUGUAUUGCUAAUGUUACAGCCAGUUGGCAGCUAUUAGAGCUUGAAAAUGCUCAUCCUUUACCCUAUUUACUUGGUAAGC